UUUUUUUUUUCUCAUUUUGGCAUUACCUGCAUUACUAUUACCUGACCUUCCCUCUACACUUUCUCUUUGUCCUUGGUUACCUAUAUUGUCACUACCCAACCGACACCAGCUUGUUUCCAGUUACGACUUCCUGGCAGCAACGACCUCUCUUUCUUACUUUUCUAUGUUAAUGUUCCUCUUCUGACAGGCAAGGUCGUGUAGGCUGAUCCGCCUUUGUGUAUUAGUUUACUAGAAGCAUCACUUUAUUUGAAAAUUUCUACGUCACGAAUG